AUGGAGGCCCUGUCCCCGCGCACAACGAACCAGAUGAUCAAACCGAAGCUCGCCAUGGAUCGGAAAGCGUUCGAUAAAAAUGCCGUUCUUCCGAGUAACAAGCAAAAGCUUGCAACGUCCAAAAGCUACGCUGAGCCGCCGCCAUCAGUAGUCUCAGAGCCGGAAGACGGUGGGGAGCGAUACUCGAUAGGCGCAUUUUUGGGAAAAGGCGGCUUCGCUGUUUGCUAUGAGGGUUCUUUGGCUCGCAAUGGUCGGGUGUACGCCAUGAAGGUCGUCAAGUCAGCGAUGCCUCAGAAAAAGAUGGAGGAGAAGUUUCGAACCGAACUACAGAUCCACUCGAAAAUGCGCCAUCCUUUCAUCGUCCAGUUCUACCGCGCCUUUGCCUUCGAAUCCAGCACUUAUGUCGUCCUCGAAUUAUGUCCCAAUGGGUCAGUGAUGGAUAUGUUUCGGAAACGACGCUGUUUCAGCUUGCCAGAAGUGCGCCGGUAUAUGAUUCAACUUUGCGCUGCGGUAAAAUACCUACACAAACGUUUCGUCGCUCAUCGUGACUUGAAGAUGGGAAACCUGUUCCUCGAUCACAAUAUGAACAUCAAGGUUGGGGAUUUUGGUCUGGCAGCUAUGAUUUUGUCCGACAAGGAUGCCAAGCGACGCAAUACGCUAUGCGGCACACCCAACUAUAUCGCCCCCGAAGUUUUGGACAAGAGCAAGGGUGGGCAUACACAGAAAGUUGACAUUUGGUCCGUGGGUGUAAUACUCUUCGCCAUGCUCGCCGGAUGCUUACCAUUUCAAUCCAAAACGCAAGAUGAGGUUUACAAGAAAGUUCAGAACUUGAAUUAUGUCUGGCCAAAGGAGUCGGAAUCCGGCAACUACAUCCCCGAGGAAGCGAAAGACCUAGUCAGUCGUUGUUUGAACCUAGUGGACGAGGAGCGACCAGAUCCGGAUGACAUUGUUGAGCACCCAUUCUUCAACAUGUAUGAUGGCUGCAUUCCUCGACAACUGGACCCCUCAUGCCGAUUCAACAAGCCACUAUGGCUCAAGGACGCCUCACCUCAAGGUGAUUGUGUGGUAAGUGGAUACGGCUUGGACUCAGAUGAGAAGCUUCGCGCCUAUGUGUACCAGGUGGACGACCCCGCCCAACGAUACCAUUCUUGCAAAGCCGCCUUCUACUCACUCUGCGGCGUGGGACGCAAGCCUGACGGGACGUCUCGGAAAUCUGUGGGGAGAAAUUGCUCGAAGUCGGCCUUUUCUGAGUGUGAUGUGGAGGAUUCCAGAGGUCUACGACCCGUAAUACCCUUGUCGCCGGAUUAUGUCUACCGAUGGCCCCAUGACCUUGAAGGAGACUGGUGUCUUUUGGAAAAUUCCCGAAAGGUAAUCCGCACCGAGGAGUCAAUGCUUAACAGCAGUACUAUGUCCCAACGGAGUGUUUCAGUUCGUCCCAACCCUAUGGCAGCAUCACGGACCAAUGCCGCUCUUGCCGCUGCUCAACAGCGCCGAAUGGAAGGCCAGAGCCAUGCCGCAACGCUACGCCAGCAAGCUCGUGUACCCCCUAUCUCUCCUCGGAGGGCACCCGGAAUCAGCGAUCCCGCUGUUUUAUCCUCGAGGCCAUAUCGAGAUAUGCCACAGGCCGAGACAAAAGCCCCAUCCGCUACGGACGUACCGACUGGAGGCCUGGCAGAGCGUCCUAUUCGGACACGAAGACUGGUUUCUGCAUCCCAUGCGACGACGCUGCGUAGCAAGGACAUUGAUAUUGCCCCGCAAUUAGCCAAAUCCACAAGCAUGCCCUCCGGCUUGACUGUAGGCAAAACGCGCUCUCAGUCUCGUAGAUUGGCAGCCGCUGACCAGGAGUUGAUGCAGCCUCCCGUCCCGACCCGAGAACGGCAACCAACCGCUAGGCCGGAGGAGCGAAAGGUGAUCACUCGCCAGACAUCCCUACGGUCUAUAUCGAGAGUAGACCCCAGCGCCGGUGUCGGUCGAGAGGAAAGAAGGAGAGACAGCCCCAUCGAAGAGUCCGCUCGAUCUUCACUGGCACAGUCUAAAUUUUCCGCUACAACUAAUGGACUUGGUCGAUCAGACUCCAAUGGUAUCGCUCGUUCUAACAGCAAGACGGCUGGCGGUAGGGCGCGCUCUAGUUUGGGGCUCAGUCCUCUAUUUCACUCAGAAGAUUCCACCAAGCUUCUACCCCGGACUUCGUUGACUGAAGUGAACACUGACUUGCGUCUCAUGCUCACCAAUCUGGUUAACCACGCACCAAGUAGGCGCAGAGGUGGAGCACGAAAACAGCCUCAUGCGUAUGUUAUCAAAUGGGUCGACUACACCAACCGUUACGGUAUUGGGUAUGUUCUGGAUGAUGGCAGCGUUGGAUGUGUCUUCAAGGGAGAAAACGGACAGCCGGCGACGAGUGUUGUGGUUCGAGAUGGCGAGAGACACAUUCGCCGAAAAGCGCGUAGUGUCGCGGAUGGCAAACAACAACCGAUUUACUACUCUGAGGCUGAUCAGUUGGUUCCUCGUACUGGGAAUUUGGUUGAGUUCUAUGAGAAUCGAGACGAUGACUUGCUAGGAUGCCGCGGCAUCCGACGAGCACUCAUCCCGCCCUCACUUUUUGAUGUCAAGACUUCUAAGGCAAUGAGGAUUCGGUCCAACACAGGGUCCGAUUUGGAACGAGCAGAUCUAGAGAAGGUCAAGCGGAUGAAGCUUGUGGAUCAGUUCGGUAAAUACAUGAUCGGAGCCCUUGGUCGCCAUGGCGACGAGGGCAUCAUGGACGAAGACUUGCCUGAACAUAACAGUGCCCAGUUUGUCAAGUUCUACCAGCGCUUGGGUAAUGUCGGAAUCUGGGGUUUCGGAGACGGAGCCUUCCAGUUCAACUUCCCCGACCACACGAAGCUAGUGAUCUCGCCCGGCCGCACUCGUAGCUCAUCCCCCUGGAUCGACUUCUACCAUCUCUCGUCCUCUGCCGCUCGAUUCUUCGCCGCGAAAGGCAAAAUGCACCCAGCAGGAUUUGACACUCGGGCCGUGGCCUCCGACGAGGCUGCCACGUUCCUUAGCAUCGCCAAUGGAGAUUCUAUCAAUUCGACCGAAGACCGUAUCAGGGAUAUUCUCGAUGCGAAUGCCUUCAUCCAGAAAAUUGCCUUUAUCAAAGAUACUCUCAGGGUCUGGAUUAAGUUCGGACGACUUGGCGGUCGCCCGCCUCCAGUUGACUCUGACGAAUCCAUACCCGAAGAAGCAUUCUGGCAAGGAACGCAGGAGCGCUCGCAGCCCAAUAGCGCCGGAACGAAGUUUGUCUGGGUGACUGUAGGAGCACCAGAUGGCGAUGGUCACUAUCGGUCGAUGAUGCUUAAAGAUAGUGAUCGGGAGCCAGCCCAAAAACACGGGAUGGAAUACGACAAAGAAGUGGAUCUACUCAAAGACCGGCUACGUGCACUUGGUCGUUGA